GACGGCACCUUCUUCUGGUGCUCGGCGUGAGCUAUGGCUGAGGCGAUGGAUUUGGGCAAAGACCCCAAUGGGCCAACCCAUUCCUCGACUCUGUUCGUGAGGGAGGAUGGCAGCUCCAUGUCCUUCUACGUGCGUCCCAGCCCGGCGAAGUGCCGGCUCUCGACGCUCAUCCUGCACGGCGGCGGCACCUUGUGUCGCGUGCAGGAGCCCGGGGAGGCGGCGGCCAAGGCCUCGGGUGACUUCAUUUCCGGGGCCGACCAGGCCCCAGAGACGAAGCCCGGGGCUCAGGCUGGGGACGCCGCCGCCACGGAGCCCGAGCUGCAGCCGCACACAGGGCGGAUCGUCUUCACGGACGUGGCCAUCUUGACCUUUGUGAAGGAACAUGCCUGCUCGCCCAGCUCCGUCACCGGCAAUGCCUUGUGGAAAGCGAUGGAGAAGAGCUCGCUCACCCAGCACUCGUGGCAGUCCAUGAAGGACCGCUAUCUCAAGCGCCUGCGUCCUGUUGGGGAGGCCCCAGUGAGCCCCUCCUCCCAGAAACUCAAGCGGAAAACUGAGCAAGACGCCGAGGAUGCUGAUAGCGGGGAACCACAGAAUAAGAGAACUCCAGACUUGCCUGAAGAAGAAUUUGAAAAGGAAGAGAUCAAGGAGAAUGAAGAAGCAGUCAAAAAGAUGCUUGUAGAAGCCACCCGGGAGUUUGAGGAGAUUGUGGUGGAUGAGAGCACUGAUUUUGAAAUACAUAUAACAAUGUGUUAUGAUGAUCCACCCACACCUGAGGAAGACUCAGAAACACAGCCUGAUGAGGAAGAAGAAGAAGAAGAAAAAGUUUCCGCACCAGAGGUGGGAGCUGCCAUUAAGAUCAUCCGGCAGUUAAUGGAAAAGUUUAACUUGGAUCUGUCGACAGUUACACAGGCCUUCCUAAAAAAUAGUGGUGAGCUGGAGGCUACUUCCUCCUUUUUAGAGUCUGGUCAGAGGGCUGAUGGGUAUCCCAUUUGGUCCCGACAGGAUGACUUAGAUUUGCAAAAAGAUGAUGAGGGUACCCGAGAUGCACUGGUCAAAAAAUUUGGUGCUCAGAAUGCAGCUCGGAGGAUUGAAUUCCGAAAGAAAUAAUUGGCAAGAUAAUGAAAAAAAAGCUUUGGCAGAUAAGGCAUUAAAAAAAU